AUGAAGCUGCAGAACUUGAGCGGCGGUGGGUCCAGGUGCGCCAGACGCGCUCUGCUGUUCGUGUUUGCUUGGGGCCUGCUGAUGAUCGCGGCGGUGCAGUUCCAUCACAUGGAGAACAGCCUGAGGGAGACACCGAGCGCCGAGGAGUCGUCCAACGAGUUCCUCCUCGACGACGUUUACCGUCGACGCGAGCUGAUGAAAAACCGCGGCUCCUCCAGCCUCGGCCUCUCCAGGUACCUGUUGCAGAGAUCCUCCGCGGACUCCAGUUUCUCGAAUUCCGGCGGCUCCAGUCUUCUCACCACUCUCACCACCAUGUCCAACAACCCGACGAGGAACCCGCUGCAGCUGGAACCGCUGUUGGACAAGAGGCCGGCGAAAACCGAGGAUGAGUUGAUCGAGGAGAUCGAACAGAGGAUACCCAGUCUGCCUUUGGCCUACUGGAACAAGAACAGCAAGUAUCCCGGCGGUCAGGCCAAGUCCAAGGGGAAUUACAGCUGUUCGAAUUUGAAGUAUCCCUCCAUCUACGACAUAGAGUUCAACAACGUUUACUGGCAAACGAUGCAGACGAGUAACGGCACGUUUCAGCUGUUCGGCGCUUACUACGACCGACGAAAGUUGUCCAGGAUAGGCCCGGCGGUUCGAAUCGUCGGCAUGAUCGACAGGAUCGAGCCGAUCGUGAAGACUCACUGCCAGCUGUGGUACGACGGGCAAAGGGAGCCGGUCAUUGUCGAGACCCUGGAGUACAAGUACAUCUGGUACCCGAAAUGGGGCAACUACAAACAGGGGAUCUAUCAGCCGUACGUGAUUGCCUGCAAGAUCCCUCAGUCCCAUUGGUCGAAGGGGCCUCCCGCCUCGGUCUCCAUGGUGGAGAAGAGCUGCGACACUCCCAGCAACAAUCUCCGUGUCAUAUACAACAAACCAGAACGUAAGAAGGACUUCGCCGUGUGCGUGAAGGGUCUGGACUUCCUCCACGAGGAUCUGUCCGUGAGAUUGGUCGAGUGGAUAGAGCUGAUCAGUCUGUUGGGCGCGGACAAGAUCUUCUUCUACCAGCUACAGGUUCAUCCAAACGUGACGAAAAUCUUGGACCACUAUCAGAGGUUAGGCAUGGUCCACGUGACUCCUCUGACUCUGCCAGGCGGCCAACCGAACGUCCCUGCCUUCCAACACAUGUAUCUGACCAAGAAGACCAAUCACAAGAGGCAGAACGAACUGAUCCCUUACAACGACUGCCUGUACAAGCACAUGUACGAGUACGAGUACAUCGCGCUGCUGGACGUGGACGAGGUGAUCAUGCCAGUGAAGGACGCCACGUGGCAAGAUCUGAUGAAGAGAGUGCUGGAGAAAGCGCUGAAAAUUAGGAACGAGACCAGGGCCUCGUACAACGUGAGGAACGUGUACUUCCUCGACGAUCUGCUGCACUCGCACGGCUUCUUCAAAGACAUACCAAAGUACAUGCACAUGCUGCAGCACGUCUACCGUUCCCAAAACUUCACGAAACCGAAUCAGUACAUCAAGUGUUUCCACAAUCCGGAGAGGGUGGUGACAUUGCACAAUCACUUCCCGUUGGCCUGUCUGGGCGCCGGAUGCACCAGUUACCCUAUACAAACCGAGGACGCCCAGCUGCAGCAUUACAGAGCCGAUUGCGUGAAAUCGUUGAAGAAAACCUGCGUUCAGUACCGCGAGAACAGCGUGUUGGACACCACGAUAUGGCGGUACAAGGACCAAUUGGUCGAAAGGGUGACCAGGACGUUGGAGGCCCUUGGUUUCUUCAGGCCGAGCUAG